GGAAACCAGGUAUAGGUAGAAAUUAUCUAAGGAUUAAUUAACAUAAUUGCGAGGUUAGAAAAUGAAGGAAAAAUGAGUUAUCUAUGUAUGAAGUAUUCUUGGAACAAUUAUAAUUAACUUCGGUGAACGAUUUCUUCGUCGAUUGAUUGCAAUUCUUAUGCGAUAGCAGUUCAUUCCUUCAAUCUUACAACACGACACAUUUAAAGAAAUGGGAGACGAAUUAGAUGCUCGUCGUGGUGAAAUAGUGGACACGUCAACAGAAUCAACUAUCCCCUAUGGAAAUGAAAGCAACGUAGGAAAAGGUUUUGUAUCUAAAGCACAUUUGGAACAAGACAGAUAUCCAAUUAGUUCUGGGAUAGCAGUUGUGGUCAAUAACACAGAAUUUGAUGACAAUUUGAAUUUAGGUGACCGUAAAGGAAGUGAUGUGGAUGCUGCAUCUCUAUUUCAAAGAUUCCAGGAACUUGGAUUUGAUAGUGAUCUUUUAAAUGAUGCCACUAAGGUUGACAUGGAAGAGAAAUUUAAUGAUAUUAAAAACGACAAGAUAAGUUUGAAAGAAGCUGGCUGCCUAAUUGUAGCUUUGUUGACGCAUGGAAAUGAGAACAGUGUUUAUAUGACAGAUGAGUCUGUUAAGAUAAAAAAUGUGAUGGAUUACUUCAAUGCAGAGAAUUGUCCAGAACUUAUAAUGAAGCCAAAAAUUUUUAUUUUCCAGGCCUGUAGAGGACAAGGAUUAGGACGUGGCGUAAACAGGAGAGUUAUAAGAGAUCAAAACCAGGCAGAUGCUGGUGCUAUCUAUACUGAUUAUGACAAGAUACACGGAGAAGUAAUACGUAUUCCUAAUGAAGCAGAUUUCUUAGCAGUGUAUUCUACUUCCACUGGUUAUGGAUCUUUCCGAAACACAGAGCAAGGGUCACCAUUUGUCCGUUACUUGUCAGAAGAGCUACUCAAAAUGAAGAAAGAAGAUGAUUUCUACAAAGUUUUGACCAGAGUUAACAAAGACGUUGGUCUUGGAUAUAAACCAAAUUAUGCACACAGUGACAUUAUUACCCAGAUGCCUUGUUUUAUUUCACAUCUUACAAAGGACUUAUACUUAAAGCAAAAAGAUUAGAAAAUUCAGCCACACCAUGACUUAAUGCUAAAAUGACCGGUUACAAACAUAGAUAUGACCACCUUGAAAAAUUCUGCUAGGUUUUUUUCUUCAAACGGAAAAGUCGGACAUUUCAAAAGUAAAAGUCAUUUGUAUUUAAAGUUCUUGUUCAUAAAAACAAUCAAGUAGCAAAAAUUGUUGGCAUUCAUUUUGAGAUAAAGAACAAACAGUGUUUUACCUGUCGUAGUAACCCACAUCUAUAUGUGUUAUUUUCAGUUAAUAAAAAAAACCUUUUUUGCAACUAUAAAUAAAUGAAUACUACAUUAGGUCCUGAUGUUUUACGGUCAUUCAUUCGAAAAAUUUCCUUUUUAAGAAAAGAAAUAUAUAUUAA